AAUUGCAAACAAAUACAGAUAUUUAACCAGUGUUUAAGUGUUUUAAGCCAUGAUGGCUUUAAAAAUGUUAUACCGUGGGCCCAGUUCAAGAUUAGAAAAUUUAAUUGAAAAAAUUCAAGCCACCAAGGAAAUUGUUAAUGCCGACAUGUACUCGACACAUACAUCGUCAAGUUAUUCACCUUCAAUAUCAGAUGGUACUAUGACACCAAAUUCUUUACAUCAUCAUCAACACCACCAUCAUCAGCAGCAUUUAGUUAUACCACCGCAUUUACCCUUUCCCAAUACGACUGCUUAUGAGGAAGACAACAACACAACGUCUUCGUUGGCCCUACAGACACAACGUCUGCACAGACAACAAAAAACCAAUGGCACUUUGGAUGGCGCUGACUAUGAAGACAACGCCAAUGACAAUGACAACGACCACAAUAACGAAAGGAUUCACAAAAAUGAUACAAAAUUAUGUGAAGACAACAACGACGAUACAAUUGUUGCAGACAAUAAGACAACCGCAAAUAUUCACGAAAGUGGCGAUGAACAUCAUCAGCAACAACAGCAGCCGCACCAUCAACAUCAUCAACUUAAACGUCAUGGUCGUCAUCAUCGUUAUGCUGAACAUGCCUUAAGAAUUCCUUCAAAAUUACGUAAAAUCGAUAGGGAUUCAGCGGUUGGUAAUGGUGCUACUAUAACUACAACUAAUACGACUACUGCUGCUGGUGGUGUUGUUGGAGGUGUAACAACAAAUGCAGUCAAGUUUGAUAAGUUGACAGGAGAUGGUAUUAAAAGUGGUAACAAUGCUGCCAGUGCCGACGGAUCCUAUCAAUGUCAAUUCUGUGAUAAAUCAUUUCCGCGUCUUGGUUAUUUGAAAAAACAUGAACAGAGUCAUGCUGAACACUUGCCCUUUAAAUGUGAAUACUGUGCUCGUCUCUUUAAGCACAAGCGUUCUCGUGAUCGUCAUACUAAAUUGCAUACAGGCGAUCGUCGCUAUCGUUGUCCUCAUUGUGAGGCCGCUUUCUCAAGAAGCGAUCACUUAAAGAUCCAUAUGAAAACUCACGACAACCAAAAACCAUUUCAAUGUACCAUUUGCAAUCGAGGCUACAAUACAGCGGCUGCUCUUACAUCACAUAUGCAAAAUCAUAAAAAACAAGCGGCUCUUCUAGCUGCUGGUGGUAAUCCUCAAGCUCUUAAUUAUAGUCCACGUUCUACGGGUUCGGCUUCUAGUAAUGGCAGUUUACAGAAACGGCGUUACGGUUUAGCAGCAGCCUCCGAACAGAGUCCAAAUCGUCUUGACUAUCCAAAACGAGGACGUUCCUCUUCGUCGAAUAUGCUUAAGUGUACAUUCUGCUCAAAGUCCGAUUUUACUGCCGUAGAACAGUUAAACAAUCAUCUACAAACUCAACAUGAAAAAGAAUUGGCUCAUUCUAUGACUCCUCCUUCCACUAACAACAAUCAAGCUUUAGAUAAUCACGCCUUCCAGCUAUCGUGUGAAUAUUGUACCAUGAAGUUUCCCAAUAUUGCUGCCAUGUUCCAGCAUAUGCGCUCAGCUCACUUGGAUCGUUUGACUAGUCCUAAUUCAUACUUUGAACAUUUUAAUCGUCUGGCAGCCUCGGGCACCUUUAGUCCACGUUUAUUAACAGGGCCUCCUUUAAGAAGUGCAGCCAGUGCCGAGGAGAACAGCAUUAAAGAAGAACACAAUUUAUCAAGUCCUAAAUCGGUGGAAGCUGUUACACGUCAAAGUGAAGAUGAACCUACCGAUCUAAGCCAAAAUAACCGUAGAUCAAUGACACCUACAAAUACUCCUCAGAAUUCUCCUCAAGAAAAUUUCUCCACCAACGAAAAACCAGGUUUAUUCUUCUGCAAUCAAUGUAACGCUGGUUUACCCGAUUUCGAAUCUUUUCGCAAUCACUUGAAAACCCACAUUGCCCAGGGUCUCAAUCUAGUGUGUCAUCAUUGCGGCCUGCUAUUGAGGGAGCAUGCUGAGUACGAAAGACAUGUUAUUUCACAUUUCCUAAUAACAAAUUCUGAGUACAAUUGUGCGGGUAACUGCCAGAAGUCUUUUGGAAAGCCGGAGGAAUUACAAAAACAUCUUUUGGAUCAACAUGCCAUAACAAUGUUCAAAUGUGGUCUUUGCAGUGAAAUGUUUGAAUCGAAAGUGGCCAUACAAGUGCAUUUUGCCUGCACACACUCCGCAGAAACCAAAAUCCUAAGAUGCUCCGCCUGCAUGGAUGUAUUUAGGACGGAAAAUGAUUUUAACUUGCAUGUUAAAACUCGUCAUCAAGCGGUAAAUAAUGCACCAGCUCCCGUAAAUUCUUUGCAGUGCAUGUUUUGUCGUACAGUAUGUUCCUCUGAUUUGGAAAUGCAGUUCCAUUUGGCAGCCCAUGCUAGACAAUUUCGUUGUCCUUCCUGCCCGGAAACUUUCCAUGUUGAAUUCUUACUCGAUCGCCAUAUGCAAACACAUCAUGGAGGCUUAGAACGUCCUCCACCACCACCGCCUCCAGCAGCUCCAUCUAUUGGCGAAGAACAUACAUCUCCUGUUCCCAAUCCUAAUGCUAUAUCUCCCAUGAAUUCCUUAUAUGUGAAUGCUCUAUUUGGCAAAUCACCGUUAAUGCCGCUGGCACCACAAAAUAAUAAUAACAGUAUAUUGGAUUAUAACAUGGCAUUUGCCUCACAUCUCAAUAAGGGUCUAUUUCCCAAUACCACACCCAACAAGUUUUACAAUCCUCUACAAAUUGACACAAAUGCCAUGAAACACUCUGCCCUAAUGUACGGUUUGUCACAGAGAUAUUUCGAUACUAACCGCACCGUAAUGGAAAUGUAUCAACAACAGCAGCAGCAACAACAACAACAUCAUCAGGAAAAUAACAAAACGCCGGGUAACUAUUUUAUUAGCCCCAAACAACCAUCAGCUGGACCUCAUGAUGUUCAUCAUCGCAACGAUAUGCCUGCUUCCCCCAUUAACAAUACCGGUUUCAGUUGUGGCAUUUGUGAACGCAACGAUUUUCGCACCGAGUCAGAAGUUCACUCACAUCGCAAGAUUGUACAUAAUCUUAAGACGGGGGUUAGUUUAAAGUGUGCCUAUUGCUCGGGUAACUUUAAGUCACGCAGUGAAUUGGAGCAUCAUAUGAAAACCUGUCACAAUUCUACUGGCAAACACAAAUGUUUGAUCUGCGAUGAAAUCUUUCCCUCACCAGCCAUAUUGGCCGAACAUAAAUUGCAACAUUCCAAGGUGGGACAAUCGGGAAAAUGUUCUCACUGUUCCAAGGCAUUGGCCGAUGUUAGUGCAUUUAAGGCUCAUUUAUCCGAACACAAUACAGAAGGUCAAAUGCCAGUACAGUGUAUCUGUUGUCGCCAGUCUUUACAUUCCGAAUUUGAGAUUGGACUGCAUGCCAAAUUCCAUGUUAAAAACUCCACUGUUCAGGAAAAUGUUUGUGCUCUUUGCCUAGAACCCAUUACCAAUUCACCCACUGAAGCCAAAGUAUGUGAAAAAUGUUGUCGCAAGCAUAAUCUCAAUACAAAAUUCAAGCAACGCGAGCAUUUUGAACGUCCCGCCGAGCUAAGGCAAUUUAUUGAAAACCGUUGCAAUCUUUGCAAAAUGAUUUUACCACAUGCUCAAAAACUCCAAGAACACUUGGUCGAACACACCUUUGCCGGUUGCGAGGAUAGGGGCUUCAAUUGUUACAUCUGUUCGGCAGUUUUUACGGCACCAAGUGGUCUACUUAAUCAUAUGCUCGAGCAUGGUGUUAACUCCAAGCCUUAUGAUUGUAAUUUAUGUCCUGAGAAAUACUAUUUCCGCGCUGAAUUAGAUCAUCAUCUAAUCGAUCAUGAUUUAAGACAAUCUCCCACUGCAGUUAAAAACGAGCAAGAGCAAUUGACACCUAAAGAAGAUACUGGCAUGAAACCAGAGAAACCUGCCGAAAGAUUAAAUGAGGUUAAGCAAGAAGUAAUUGAAACUGAUCAUAAUUCUAAUGUGGCUGAUGAAGAUGAAUACAUAGAGGUGGAAAAGGUAAAUGAGAAUAACAACAAUAACAAUCAGUUGGAUGAUACAGUAUCGAAUAAAACUGAAGAGUCCAAAGAGAAAUCAACUGAACAUAUCAGAGAUGAAAAGGCAUAAACUAAUACUACCCUAAAAUAAUCGUUUAUAAAAUAAUUAGAGUUAAACUUUUCAAAAAAAGAUACAUAUUCGCAUACAUAUAUAUAAAAAGAUUUUGAAAAACCCCCAUAUGUCUAACCAUACAUUAAUAUAAAACAUAGUUAAAUAAUUAAAGUAUUAUUGAUUGCAUUUUACCAGUAUUCGCUUAUAAUUUACAUACAUAUAUACAUAAAUAUAAAUUAAUUAAAAAACCUAUAAUUAAUUAGUUAUUAAGU